GGUCAGGGCGGAUGAAACAGCAACAGCACCCAUGAGUCCUGCCUUCAGCCUUGCUUUUCCCCGCAAGUAAGACAGAAACAUCAUUUCCCAGAUGUUCCCGAUUACAAAAGUAUUUUUCUAAGUUUUAAUUUUUUUUCCCAGCUGUUGUUAAGUCUCUGGAGGAGCAAACUGAAGAGGAGAAUUUUCCAUCCCAGCUGAAACAGGAGAGAACAGACAGUUGUGCAGAGGAGAUGCUGCUUGUGGUCUGGAUUUCCGUCCAUGGAGGCUUGCAGCGUUGCUUUGUAGCCCCUCACCUCUGCUGUGUAUAAAAGGUGUGUUAUCACAGGGUACACACACUCAGAGAUCACCGCUCACUGCCUGCAAUGGAAACCUCCUCAGUCCUCCUUGUGUGCAUCCUGGUGACAUGUUCCGUCUGGACUGUCCACGGGAGAAACUUGAGGGUCAAUACUGAUGAUCAGGAGCAGGUGGAAGUGGAAAUCUCCGUGGAAGCCGGCAGGCUUCCAGGUGUGUGCUGGGCCUGCAAGUGGGCUUUAAACAAGGUGAAGAAAGUCAUUGGACCCAACGCCACUGCAGAGAAUUUGACAUCGAAGCUGAAGUCCGUCUGCGACCAAAUUGGCCUCUUGAAAUCGCUGUGCCGCAAAUUUGUGAAGAUGCACCUCGGAGAGUUGAUCGAGGAGCUCACUACCACGGACGACGUGAGGACGAUCUGUGUCAACACUGGAGCCUGCAAGCCAAAGGAGCUGUUGGACCUUCUCUUUGAUCAAAGUGACGAGGAUCCACAAAUUGAAGUUAAUGAAUAUGCCUGAAGCUGUGUGCAUGGAUAUCAUGAAAAAAGCUUUAAUUUGCAAUAAAAGCUAGAAACUCAAGUGUUUGUGGUGGUGAGAGACUUACCACACUGUCAGCUUGUGAAAAGUAUAUAAUCAGCUGUUUUUUUUUCACUGCAUUUACUUUGUGUUGCAGUUCUGUCUUGUACCUUUAUUCACGUUGCUGUAGGGUUAAUUUCUGUUUCUCUAUCUGUGCUGAUGAUAUCAAUAAAU